AACUCUUUGAGAUCUAAAAGCCUGAACGAAGUCCAAAAUAAAACACAGAUCGGUUUCGGUGUUGUCUUUUUUCCAACAAGAUGGCCGACAUUUUCGGCAGUGGUUGGGGAGCUGCGAAUCCCGGCACCACUACUGCAAAGAAAAACCAACAAAGUACCAUCCUUCCACCACCACCUCCUAAAAAUAUUAAGCCAGCGGAAACUUCCGGCGCUCCUUCCGGGUGGCUCGGGAGCAACCAGUCUAGUGCAGCGGCAGGAGCCCCUACUCCGGGCAGUAAAAAAGCAGAGCCAGGCUCUGCUUCUGCCAAGAAGAAGAAAAACGACGAGAAGAAAAGCCCGGGGAGUUGUCCUAAUUCCGGCGCGAAAAUAAUUUCCCAGGCGCAGGCUUGGGGCAACGCGAAUCCAGCUAAAUUGGCGAACAAGGAAAACACGACUAACGGAGCUGGUGCCAAUGGCUCCGCUGCAACUUCCGCAGCCACAACUUCUGGCACCACUUCUACUUCGAAAAAGACCGCCGCUUUAUCGGAGCAGAAGAUCCUUUCCGAAGCCGCUUGGGGCAAUGCUAAUCCGGCGACUCUGAGCGCGAACAAAAGUUUAGCGUCUGCGAAUACGCCUACUAGUACAGCGACCCAUCACCACGCAACGGGUAUCUCCGCCUUGAUUGCUAAAAAAGGAUUGGGGAAACAGAGCGGAAACAAGACGGCUCCCACUGGUGCAG